AUGGCAGACGACGGCUACACAGACACCCACCGCGCGUUCCUCCAAGCCCUGCUCUCCCGCCAGACCAUCGACUACGAAACGGCAAAACCGCUCAUCGCGUCGAUCCAGACCGCCGCAACCCCCGAUCGCCCUACCCUCCCCGGCGACAUCACGUUCGAGACCUUUGAAGACUUCAUCAACACCGUCAGCGACGCCGUCAUCCCCUUCGACUACGAAAUCCUCGGCGCCAAAGACCAGCACCAUGGCGGCGAGGGCAUCUGGGCGCUGGUGAACACGACGUCCGACGCCAUGACGCAGAUGGCGACGGUGCACGGCGCGGACGAGAUUGCGUUUGUCAAGCGCGUGCUGGAUUGUAUGUUCGAGGAGAAGAACGAUUCGGAGGCGGCGGAGGUGAUGGCCGUCAAGGGGACGGAGGCUCUGAAUUUGCGGAAAGCGGAGCGGGGGAGGGGGAGGGGGAGGAGAGGGUCGGGACCCACGCAGCAGCCGGAUGGGAGUACGAAUGGCAACGCGGCGGAUAUCACGAUGCACCAGGCGGACCUCAUGCUGCAGAGCAUGGUCGCGGAGGGGUGGUUUGAGCUGAGCGAGAAUGGGUAUUACAGCCUCUCGCAGCGCGGGGUGCUGGAGUUGAAAGACUGGCUGGUGAAGACUUAUGACGAUGCUGAUGAUGAGGAAGAAGAAGAAGAAGAAGAAGAAGAAGGAGGAGGAGGUGAUCCGGCGCACAAGAAGAUCAAAUCUUGCAGCGCGUGUCGGCAGAUUAUCACGGUGGGACAGAGGUGUCCGGAUCUGGCUUGUCAUGGGCGAUUGCAUGACCACUGCACUCAGCUCAUGUGGCGUCAGCAGAGGGACAGGCGGGAAUGUCCCGUGUGCAAGCUACCGUGGGAGAAUGCUCCGCCCGUGGGCGAGAAGGCCGCGAGGGACGCAAGACGUGCACGUGGGCAGAAUGGGAGGAGAUCAACGAAUGGACGCAAAAGUCAUGCAGAGACCAAUGGUGCUCAUAGUGACGGUAGCGAGGACCUCUACAACGCGUGA